AUGAUGGUCAAACCUAUCGAACUUGACGGCCGAACUGGUGAAGGUGGCGGCCAACUAGUACGUGUUGCAGUCGGCUUAGCAGCUCUCACUUCACAACCUGUCAGGAUUGCCCAUGUUCGAGGCAACAGAGGGGGUCCUCGCGGUGGUGGCCUCAAGGUCCAGCACGUCACCUCCAUUCGGUGGCUGGCAGACGUCACCGGGGCAGAUGUAGAAGGUCUAAGUGUUGGGUCCGGGACGCUGACUUUCAUCCCCAAGAAGGGCCCAGCAGACCUUGCCGGUCGCUCAUUCGAGAUCAAGACAGACACGGAAGCGGCCAGUGCACUGCUCAUUCUGCAGGCGAUAUUUCCCUUUGUGCUGUUUGCCGGUCAUGACAACGCAGAGCCGCUCACCAUUACCAUUCACGGUGGCACAAAUGUGACGUGGUCUUUGAGCUACGAAUACUUUGACCAGGUCCUGAUGCCAGCACUCGAGGAGCGCUUUGCCAUUCGAAUCGACAGGAAACUCAAUGGUCGCAGCUGGAGCAACGGCAAAACAGCCCGCGGAUCGAUAACGCUCACGGUAUACCCCGUACCAAAAGGCAAGAAGCUGCACUACUCUCUACCCAAACGAUACACAUACCCUGCUUCUUACGAGGUCAAGAUGGUCAAUAUCAGCAUCCUUGCACCCGCUCACGCUCACGAGCACCUCCAGAAUCAGCUCUUCCAAAAAUUGGGCGAGCUGUAUCCUGAUGCAGACCUACGGGUGAAGCUGGUUGAAGAUUCCGGCUCCAAUCAAAAGUGGAACGUGCUCCUCGUCGCGGAAUCGCGAGACGGCAUCCGCUGGGCAAGGGACAUCUUGCGAGGCAUGCCAAAGAAGAUGCGCUCGUCGGAUAGCUUUGUGAAGCAGGUGGCAAAUUCGGUGUGUCGCGAUUUGCACAAGGAAACAUCGCUCGGAGGGCAGGUUGAUGAGCAUCUGCAAGAUCAGCUCGUGGUUGUGCAGGCGCUUUGUGACGGGUACUCGUCUUUUCCUCGGGGUGAUGGUGCGGGAGAUUCGGGGCCAGAGGCAAGGCUGGCCGGCACCAUGGGCAAUCUGUCGCUGUCUGGGGAUCGAGUGCGGAAAGACAAGACGUAUGAUCCGUUUGGCCAUGGGUCGAUGCAUACACAGACGGCGCGCUGGGUGGCGAGUCGGUUACUGCCAGCAGCCGAAUUCUACAAUAAGGGAGACUUUGUCAAGGGGGUCGGAUUCUCAGUGUAG